GGAAGCUCCCAGUAGAAGGUGCGCGCCCGCGGGAGGGGCCGAUAGAAAAUGGCGAGUCUGUGCAGAAGGCAGCAAUGCACGAUCGAGAGGCGCGGCUUUCGGCAGGAACUUGAUUCGUGGCGGCAUAAACUCAUUCACUGUGUAGGGUUUGAAAGCAUUUUGGAGGGGCUGUUUGGACCAGGACUCGUAAAAGAUCUUACCUUCUUUCAAGAUUGUGAGCCUGAGGGUGUGUCAGAUUGGUCGUUUAAUGAAAAUUGUCUCUUUUGCUGCUUAAGACGUGAAAAAGUGAAGGAAAAUUUGGUUGGUUUGAACAACCAAGUGUUAUCAGAAGCGGACAGCUUCAAGCAAGAUCAGUCCAAAAUUAACAAACUCGAGAGGCAAGCAGAGGAUUUCCUCAAUGUUGUCUUCUAUAGAAAGGCAGACCUCCCAAAAUUUACAGACCCCCACAUUCCUCUAGUGGCUCGUGAGAUCAUGCAGCGAAUGAUCCGACAGUUCGCUGCCGAAUAUACCUCAAAAACCAGCUCAACUCAGGACGUACCCCAACCCCAGUCCCAGCCCAACGGCACCAAGGACCAAAGCCUGCCGAAAGCGCCCUCGCUGGACCCGGACGCCUCCACACCCGCUCCCGGCACCGGCGCCGCUGCCUCCGCACAGAACCCCGUCCUCAGCAAGCUCCUCAUGGCAGACCAGGACUCCCCGCUGGACCUCACCAUCAAGAAACCCGAGACGCCAGAGCCCAGCGAACAAGAUGGAGUCCUUGACCUCUCAACUAAGAAGAACCAUAGUCAUGGUAGUGUCUCAAUGAAAAGCUCUCAUGGUUUCUCAAUCAUGCCCACAGUUAAGGGGCGUUCCCAGAGAGCUGAUCACAACUAUCGAGAUGUUGACGAUGAGGAUGGCUUGCCACCGAGAAGCUUGCAUGAUGGGAUAAGGGAGAACUGUAUAAGUUCUGGACCCCUCAAGCCACCGUUGGCCCGUUCACUCCUUAUAAAAGAGGAACUCCUGAACCAGAAACAUCGCCUCCUCGGCCAACCCACACCUCUUUCUUUGGCUAGCCUAGAGUCCGUGGGUCUCCUCAACAGCCAAGCCCAAUCCCUUCUUUCACGUGAGGGAUCAUGGGGAAAAUCCCAUCUAGACAGCCUCCUGAAGCUCAAACAAAUUGGCGGGAAUCUCAGUGACCUAAGCGACCUGCCUCUCUUCCAGGAGAACCUAGGCCUGUUCACCAAGGGCACAAAGUCCCAUGACACUGGCUCCAUCACGGUAAAGAAAGAACCAGGACAUUCCCCUCCAGUAGACUUGAAAAUCCCGCAAGUCAGAGGCAUGGACCUGUCCUGGGACUCCCAUGGGAACGCCUCGGAUCUCUAUAGUUACAGCUCUAUAACGAUGGGAAACGUGCACUCGGAGAAUGCGCUCAGUAGGAAGCUGAGGGUCAUCUUGCCAAAGCAGAGUCGCAGGGCCGCUCUGGGAGGCCUUCUCGAUGCAGGAGCGGUGGCCGAGUACUGGGGGGCAGACCUCGAACAGCCAACUCUGGGACCCCAGUACCCAACAUCAGACCCAGAGGCCGACCCAACAGGCUCCAAGCAACCCCGAAAGAAAAGGGGACGGUAUCGGCAGUACAACACUGAGAUUCUAGAAGAAGCCAUUGCUGUGGUGAUGGGUGGGAAGAUGAGCGUUUCAAAGGCGCAAAACAUCUACGGCAUUCCCCACAGUACCUUGGAGUACAAGGUAAAAGAGAGGAUGGGCACACUGAAGAACCCACCAAAGAAAAAGCUUAAACUGAUGAUGAGGGCCGAGGGGAAAGACUCUGGGAUCACCGGCGAAACCGAAUCCACGUCGACGCCCGCCACCACACCCAUCGCAACGCCAGUGGAUCUCUUGCAGGGGACAGGAGACAAAGUCGAGUAGAUUACACAGAACACCUCAUAAAAUGGAAACAGUUUUAGAUUCUGACAGAAACAAUUGAUGAUUUGGAAUUGAGGAUGGGGCUUUAAUUGUGCCAAUUUACUUGCAGUAUCUGGGUGAGCACAACUGCAGGGAUUGAUGGGAGGAUUUAAGCCUCAUAACUGGGGAUAAGAAACAAAUUGGCAGUUAUCAGUGGUCGCAUUGACACUGCAAGCAUUUGCUGAAGUUUUUUUACAACAUAAAGCAACAAAUGCGUACUAAAGCCAUAAGAGAGUAUCGACAGAAAGACAUUUUUGUUAAAAAACGAAAAGCAAGCAGAUCAACCCUUUGUUCGCCCCCUUCAUCAUGAACUUUGCUAGCUGUGCCGUUAAUGCUCAUGCGUUUUGGACGGCGGCCAUUUUGAGAAAUGAGAAGUGGGGUUUGAAGGGUUUCUGGAAAAAAAUAACCCUUCAAAAAUGAAUUCAUCUUCUCUUCUUGGUAGGUUUAUGAAAUAAUUCAUGAUCUUUAAAACUAAUUUAUUUCAAAUGGAGUUGACAAGGAUUCUCACCAGGGAUCAAUCCUAGGCCCGUUUUCUAUUAACAGGUAAAAACGAUUGCUUUCGACUCUUUGUAGUUUCCUCCUUUUAUAUUCUGCGCCAUUGAAACAGACUAAGAAUUAGACACGUCCAUUUUAAAACAAAAAACAAAUGAAGCUUAAGAUUAGUCAUUCAGGGAUGCAUGUUUGUGAUGUUGAAAAGAUUUUUUUUUUUUUUUUUUACUUUACUGUAUAACUAAACUUUUCUUUAACUCUAGCGCUUUCUUUUGCACUACACUUUCAGUCUGGCGCUCGCCAGAGCCUAAAUCUGGCAAUUAGACCUGAUUACCUCGACACUGCUUGCAUUACGCACUUACUGUUCUGUCUGGCAUACUACAUCAUACUCAUUUUACAGUACUCUACUCUUGGUGAGAGCCUCUCUCUUAAAAGGUUUCCAAAACCCAUGAAGGGACAAUGCCGACUUAAACCACACAGGACAGGAAAGUGUUUCAGAUUCACAUCUUUCUACUAAAAUGAAUCGAGGGAGGGUUCAUGCAGUCGAUUUUUGGCUGUUUCUGGCGGCUCCCUCGUCGCUGCUUAUAGUCAGUCACUGACGUGUAUAUUUAUAAAAAGAAAAGCAUUUUUCGCAGGGGGUUGGUUUUGGGGAGGGUGGAACAUAGGUGGGGGGAAAUGUAGGUCGGGUUAUGACCAUGUGACCCGGUUAUAUUAUACAUUUGCGUUCUUUCAGAGAGCCAAUUGUUGUCUCUGAAUAGAUUCUUUUCCUCAUGUAAAACUCAGGGCAACUGAGACAAAUAUAGCGAUCAUGUUUUUAGAGAAACAAUGCAUCUUACCUACUUGAACUGGAACCCGUGACACACUCUCAGUAAAUGAGUUGGGUCAGGGGCAGGGCUUUAUACCGGGCGUUAGUUGGGUCGAGCUGAGCCAUGGAUUGCAGAUAUUGGUGGGAUGUUAUCGUUCGAAACACCUGGCCAGGUGGGAAUUUUCGGAGAUCUCUCUGAAAAUAGCACUUUGUUUAAAAAUAAAAGCGAAUAUGUUUGGGGGCGCGUUUUAAAGUAGCUUUUGCAGUAGCAGAUAGCAUAAAGGAGACUUGCGAGAUCAAAGGGGGAUCAUUUCAGCGACCCCCGCCGUCCUGCAGCUUAGACCCAAACAUGCUCAUUUUGUUUUGAAAAGAUUACCUCUUUAAUAUACAGUGGUCGACAGCUUGAACUCUCAGAUUUGUCUAGUGUUGCCUAACUGGUUAGUGUCACAUUGCCCCUCUUCAAAUCUAAACCGUGUCACCUGAUGUAUAUAAAACUGAAAAAGCGCGUAGAUCUGUGAAGAUUUCAAAGACAAGGCUUUUGGAAUGGCAUGCUCCACUUUGGUGUUGUUUGAAGGGCAUUCUGGUAUAUCACUGCCUGGUGCUCACCCAGUCUGUGACAAAAAUGAUACUUCAGACUUCAGGGUUUCUGAUGAUGAAACUGACUCUAUGAAAUGUACCUUUUAUUUAUUUCAUUAUUUAAUUUCAAUCAUUUAAGUAAAUGGCAUGCACCAGUUCAGUGGA